UGUGUUGUAACUUGUUCUGUCGGUCUCCCGUACGCCACCCUGCUUGUGUUUACCUCCCUGGGUUGGGCCUCUGGAGAGGAUUGUUCCAUCCUGCCAGUAGGAAUCACCCAAAGGAAACGCCGUGUAAGAAAAGAGCAAUGCUUUUCAGUUGAAUAUUAACCAAACAAGUUCAAGAGCUUUUCCAGUGAGGUUAACUUCUUGGGCUGGUGAAUGAGAAGGACUCCAGCAGUGAAGAAUAGGCAUGGGGAUACUCUAUUCAGAGCCCAUUUGUCAGGCAGCUUAUAACAACGAUUUCAACCAAGUCCAGCUCCUUUUGGAGCGCAACGGCAACUCUGUGAACGUCCAGGACAGCUUUGGUGGAGACACCCCUUUAAUUUGUGCAUGCAAACAGGGACACAACAGGAUAGUCAGCUAUCUCCUAAAAAGAAAUGCUGAUGUCCACCUCAGAAACAAGAAAGACCGCACGUGUCUGCAUUACGCUGUGAGGAAACGGUUCACCUUCCUUGACUACGUGCUCAUCAUAAUCCUCAUGCCCGUUAUGCUGCUCGGGUACCUCCUCAUGGUCUCAAAGACUAAACAGAAUGAAAACCUGAUCAAGAUGUUGCUUAGGGCUGGCGUGGAUGUCAAUGCUACAGACUCUUCUGGUAGCACAGCCCUUCACUACGCUUGCAAAAUGAGAAACCAGGCAGUCAUUCCUCUACUGCUUCAAGCUCACGCGGACAUCUCGGUGAAGAAUCAGGAUGGGGAGACCCCCUUAGACAUAGCCAGAAGAUUGCAGUUCCACAACAUCGAAAGCAUGCUGAGGAAAACCUCCUAGUCAUCAAGGACUUCUGAACGCACAGAAAAUUACCUCAUCUGGCACCCCAUCUUGUACAGUGGUGGGAGUCCUGCAGAGGGUUGGGUGCUGUUACUCGAUAAAGACUUGGUCCAAACCCUUGGAACAAUUUCUUUCUACAGACUUUGACUAUUUCAUGUGAGACUUCUCAGUGUCCCCAAGGCCACAUGGGUUGAAAGGAGUUAACUUGCUUUUAUGAAGCUGUGAAUGGUUAUGAUGGUGUUCAAAACAUCACCCUUCCCAUCUGCUUCCACAGGGUUAUUGCUUGACUUGGGCAGAGUGUGGAUCUUGAAAGCUGGCUGUGAUAUUUCUGGAAGCCUAAAUGUUGCAGGUGACAGCUGGCAGCCAAUGCAAAAAAUAAGAUAUCCUUUAGAGCAUGUGUUACUCCUUCUGAUGGGGGUAUGCUUGACAACUCAACAUUGUGCCACAGCGGUUUACACAAAGCCUUGUAUUUCUCCUUCUGUGCUGGGAGUGACUGGGGAAAACAGAUUUCCCAGCUCAGUGCUUCUUCCCACCCCUGCUACCAGCUUCACACACCUUGUAGCAACAUAAUGAGAAUUAAGGAAAUUAUUAUCUUCCAUCUUUUAUAUCUAUAAGGAACAGCUAAAAGAGACUUCAGCAAGUUACUGGAGACCACAAAGAAAGCCAAUUCCCGUGUCACUUUAAUGCAUUAAGAAAUAAUAAUGAAAACAUGUUUGCUGCUGUAGAAAAACAAAUCUCCUGACUACCUUUCCAAUACAAACACUGUACUAAAUA